CGUGUCAUAGUUUUACGGUCUUACUGCAAACAUCCAGAUUCUUUCUGAAAUAAAUAUAAACAUCUGCGACAUGUAAUAUUACUUCCCUUUUGACUUUUGCUCCAAAAUAUAGGUAUUCAGAAACUAUUUGAAAAAGGCUGUAAUAUUGGGACUGGCUGUAUAUGUUGCAUGAAAGUAUUACGGGGCGUUAAACGCCAACCUUCGUGUUUUGAUACUGUUGUUCAUUAAUUUGGAAAAUAACAUUUAGUGCUGCAGUGAUCAUAAUCGUUAAUAAAUUCGAUACCGACACGUGGCAGCGUAUUGUCAAAAUAACAGUGCUGUACACGUUGACGCAAGGAGUGGGUUACAUUAGUUUUUCUAUUGAAAAUUCGAUAUGAAGUAUGAGUACUGUAAAACUGAUUUCAUCUACGAAACAUCACGUAGUGACAGUAGUGUUCAAAGUGGAAGUGUAUUCGAUUCAGCGUUGCAAAAUACUUGGAAAGCCGCGUUGGAGCGAGGCGUCUUCCGAUACGUUUUGAAUAUACAACAUUCUAAAAUUCUAGAGGGAAAAUUUUCUUUUGUGGCACAGUUAAAUACAGAUCGCGCUCUUAAAAGGAGGGCCCCCGAGGAAAUAACAAGCCUGACGCAGCCCUUUGACCACGACAGAUUUAAUUUUACGAAAAUAGACGAGACUGAAAUACUUUUUGAGCUGAGAAGAAAAUGUGACACAUCAACAAAUAGGCAUUGUGUGAUAAUUAAUGAGAGCCCACUAGAGUUUGGGCAUUGUUUACUUUUACCCUCACGGCUGAACUGCUUACCACAAAUUGCUACACAACAUAGUCUGCAGCUGGCAAUAGAAGUUAUGCUUCUUAGUUCAAAUCCGGCAUUUCGUGUAGGUUUCAACAGUCUCUGUGGCUAUGCAUCUGUUAAUCAUCUCCACUAUCAUGGUUAUUACCUUAAUUACUCCAUGCUCCUGGAGCACAUUUCUGUGCAGCAUUUGAGUGGCCCAUGUUUCAUACUGGUCAACUAUCCGGCGAAAGGAUUUGUCUUUCAGCUGCCAUCAGAUAAACGUCCAGAAACCUUAGCAAGGGAUGUAUUCAAGCUAACAAAUUUUCUAGUAUGCAACAAUGUAGCACACAAUAUAUAUAUAACCAGAGGAACUGAUUUUUCCUCAUCGCAUACAAACUCUAAAAUUUGCAACACAGUCCGUGUUUAUGUGUGGGCGAGGAAAUCAUCUUCAGGAGCAAAACAAAAUGAUGCUUUCAAUCCUGCAAUAUGCGAGCUGUUUGGCCAUCUCAGUGUUAAAACAGAAGCAGCAUAUUGGUCUCUGACAGAAGAGCAGGUGGUUGAAGUGCUAAGUGAUGUUUGUGAGGGUACUUUUGGACAGGUUACAGAUUCUGUGAAGGAAUUGUUUGAAGACUAAGACAGUGCUUAUCAUGUUCAGAUGACAUGGCAUCCAGUGAUCAUGUUAACUACGAAAUGUUAAAUGGUACAGAAUAAACAAAUCAAAUAUCAUACAAGUACUUAACAUUCACUGUGGUAUGAAUUUUUUUAUUUAUUAGUAAUGAAGACAUUUUCAGUAAGGAAGAAUCACUGUGUGUGUUUUUUACAGUGACUGCAAACACACUGCAUACACUGUUUUACUGCAGUACAAGAUCGACAUGCUGUAUACUAAUGAAUGUAAUUUACUUCAGUUUCUAUGGUUUGGUCCAAAUUACAUACACAGUUCAGUAUUAAAUUUAAAAAUAAAUAUUGAUCAUACUUUCAACAAAGAAAUAAAUAAUAACAAGACUUGCAACCAAAUUGAUCACUGAAUUUCUUCUGGAGUUCUGAUGUACCUGAAUUCCUAAACCAGGUCUCAUACAAAUGCAGCCAUGCAAACGAAGCACUAAACGAAACAUGUAGGUUUAUUACAGGUUGUAUGAAACCCAAGCCACCUGCAAAACUCUACCAGCUCACAGGCACAGCACCACCAAAUAUUUGUCAUAAAAUUGCUGCUGACAUGGAGGUACCACAUCAGGCUCAUUAGGAAAACCGUCUAUUAUGUGGGCGCAUUCCAGCAUCCUCAAGGUUGAGGCUGAGAUAGGGCUUCCUCAAGUCCACUCCAAUCUUGUAAACAGCAACAGCUACAGCAAGAAAACAGUUGUUCAUUUAUUUUGACAUAACAUGGCUAAGAGUCCAAGAUAUUUUCUUUAUUUCAAAUUAUUAUCAAACAGCUGUCAAUUAUUAAUGUCUGUUCAUCCAGACAUGCAAAUAAAAAUGUUAAC